AUGCAAAUGUCUUGGAAAGUAAGUACGUCUUUAGUAACUCACACGCGAUCUCGUCGGUCUGAUAUUUCUCCAUAUUAUCACAGUCGUGCUUCCAUACCAGUAGGAUAUUACGGGACGGCUAUCAGGCGGAGACCAAUCCAUUUUGAGUUCGACAAUCCGUUCCAAAGUCGAAGGAAUUUUACAAACAGUCGGGAACGAUGGCGACAACACCAUGUCAACAUGGCCUUUGGGGAGCUCAGAAAACUUCUUCCUACAUACCCACCGGACAAAAAACUCUCAAAACACGACAUUCUUAAACUUUCUAUGAAGUACAUUACAUUUUUAAGCACUGUACUUAAAAAAAUGGACUCUAACGAGCCUGAUAUUUGCUCUGAUUGCGGUGUUCUGGGUAAUGAGGACUCAUCCAAGUGUUCACCAAGCCCAUCUGGCUCAACGUCAUCUAGUGACUGUGGGGUUUUGUCAACCAAGUUAGAUUUGGAACAUGUUAGUGUUGAGUCACUAACCUCUAAUAUUCAGCUUGAAGAAGCAAACAAAUGA